UCUCUCUCUCUUUCUCUCUUCUCUCUCUGAGUGAACUUAAAAUUUGCAGCCUUUUGCUUAAUCACUUUAACCCCAUUGGUGUAGAACAAAAGAAACCCAGAGAGAACCCUUCACUGCUCUCUCUCUCUCUCGCUGUCUCUCUUCUGAAACCCCUUUCCUCUUAUAUAUGUGAUACCCAACCAGCAGGCAACUCCUACAGCCUGUUGCUCCCCCAUUUCUGUGAAAAUCUCUUACCCCUUAUAUAUAUAUAGACACACACAUAUAAAUACACUAGCAGCUGGUCCUUUAUCUCUGCCUAUAAUUUGUACCCAAUAUUACCACCAAAACUAUCCAAACCCAAAACCCAUCUCUCUCUCUCUCUCUCUCUCUCUCUCAGAUCAGUGGAGAAGAGAUAUGGAAAUAGGUGGGAACAUGAACAUGAACAUGUUAGGGCUUGAUCAUAAUAAUAAUAGUCACAUAAGCAGCAGCAGCAGAGGGCAAAAUGGUAAUAACAACACCUACCUCACCAAUUGGGAUAUAUGGGGUCGUGCUACUUCUACUUCUGCUUCUGCUGCUGCCACUGACAACAACUCAUUCUACUCUCCGGCCGCCGUCACUGUGGCAGCCACGGGGGGGGCUUCCAGCUCCGCCACGUGCUCCGAGGCCAGCGCCGGCGGUCACGCGUUCAUAAUGGGCCAUCCCUUGCAGCAGCAGCACUCUAGUUUCUACGGCGGCGGGGCCCUCUCCCACUACCAUCCGGACCCACACCUGAUGUGCUUGAAGCUGGGGAAGAGGCACUAUUUCGAGGAUCAUGCUCGAGCUCAUGCUCAUGCCCUGGAUGAUCGACACGUGGCGGGGCUCCCGGUGGGCGUGAUGAGCAAGAGAGGCAGAGGAGGAGCGGCUGCAGCGGCGGCGGCGGCGCAGCAACUGUAUGGGAGCGGGGCGACUUUGGCGUUGAAGGUGGUGCCGCGGUGUCAGGUGGAGGGUUGCCACGUGCCGCUGAUGAACGCGAAGGAGUAUCACCGGAGGCACAAGGUGUGCGAGAUGCACUCCAAGGCUUCCAAGGUCACGGUGUUGGGCCAAGAGCAGCGCUUCUGUCAGCAGUGCAGCAGGUUUCAUGUAGUGUCAGAGUUUGACGAGUCUAAGAGGAGUUGUAGGAGGAGAUUAGCUGGCCAUAAUGAGCGAAGACGAAAGAGCUCUCAUGAUUCUCUAUCCAGAACUUCUUCUCAAGAAAACGGGAGGUUUGGAUACUUAUCAACUCCGACAGGACGUGCUCUCUCUCUUCUGUCAUCCAGGAACACUGGUUUUGAUUCCUGGGUAUCUCCCUCUGAUCUCUCCUCAAGAUCUAGUGCUGCACUUCGUGAGCUCAUUGCCGAAAACCGCGCAGCCGUCUUGGCUCGCCAGCUCAUUAAUGCAUCGGAAGACAGAAACUGGGAUUCAUCGUCACAUAACAACCAAGCAACCGAAGAUUUGUUUUGUGAUCAUGGCCAAUCAUGGUCCAAUUCAGUCGAACCACAGCAGCACCAGAUGUUUUCUGAUCAUAAUUAUCCACAUGGUUGGGACAGGUUCCAUGAGGGCAGUGGUGCGCAUUUGACGCUUGAUCUCCGGCAAGCUCCGAGUCCGGCAUACGGCUUCUUGCCUGAAAGGGGCAAAACCAAGGCUGAAGAAGAUCAAGAGUGUGAUUUGUGGAACUCCUUUCACGGAGCCAGUGUGGUCUAACCUUUUUUUUGUUUUUUUGUUUUUUUUGUUUUUUUUUGGUUGUGAAAAGGUAGAUAAUUCUUUGAUUGCUUUGUUUUAGUGUGAGGUCAGUUAGCCAAUUAGACAAAUUAGGGCGAGAAAAUUUUCCAGAUUCAUGGUAUGUAACACCGUGCCGCGUGUGGAU